ACUCUCAAGAUAUUAACGUCAGUUUCUUCUUGUUUCAGUUUGCGAAGCACCUACUUACGAGAUUUAGAUCUCUACCAAGUUCGAUACGUCUUUACGAAAGCCCUCGAGGUAUGGUCGAAACAUUCCAGGCUGACAUUUACGGAAGUCAACAGUGACAGGGCCGACAUCCUCGUCUACUUUCACACAUACGAGCACGGUGACAAUUUCGCCUUCGAUGGAAAGGGACAAAUUUUGGCGCACGCAUUUUUUCCCGGUUCCGGCCGUGGAGGUGACGCCCAUUUUGACCUGGACGAAAGUUGGAUAGUACACGAGGAUGACGCGUCAGACGGUACCAGUCUAUUCCAUGUAGCAGCGCACGAAUUUGGGCAUUCCCUAGGACUGUCACAUUCCUCUGUUGAAGGAGCACUGAUGUUCCCUUGGUAUCAGGGAAUGCAAAACGGCUUUAACUACGAACUGCCUGAAGACGACCGUUUAGGAAUACAGACACUCUACGGAUCUCCUACCGAUCAAGUAUGGGGACAUAAUCCUGCAUAUCAUCCGCCUCUGCAAACUCCGCCGCCGCCCACGAGGCCGCCGCCACGUCCCACGCCACCUCCCACUCGAACAAGACCAACACGCCGAACAACGAGACCGAACCAUAACUAUCCCAAUUACCCUCAAAGACCUUAUUAUCCAGAGAAACCGCAAGAUCCUCGCUAUCCGAAAAAAACCUUCACGGAAAAACCCAUGCAUAAAAAACCGAUGUCUCCCGAUGUUAAGUACCCGUACAACCCACACCGUAACAGGAAUUACCCACCCAAACCACCACCGCGUCCCGAGCUCCCCGAUGAGCGUUAUUACCCGGCGAAACGGCCCGAAACCACAACUUACUCCAGUAGGCACCCGCAGCGCUACCCCGUCGACAAUUACCCAUCCUACAACCCGAAGGAGAGUUCCGUGCCCAACACCUGCGACACCGGUUACGACGCGAUUUCCGUCGUUCGCGGCGAGGUCUUCAUUUUUAAAGAUCGGUAUUUCUGGCGAAUCAGCGACAAGGGUCUCGCGCCGGGAUAUCCCGUCGAAACUAAUCGCAUGUGGAAGGACCUGCCGAAAAAUUUAACGCACAUCGACGCCGUAUACGAGAGGCCCGAUAACAAGAUGGUGUUUUUCGUCGGUAGAAAUUACUACGUGUACUCUGGCAACACGAUGGAACGAGAUUAUCCGAAACCUUUGACGCGAUUGGGUCUGCCCGCGUCGCUUAGUAACCUGGACGCGGCCAUGGUCUGGGGGCAUAAUGGAAAAACCUACUUUUUCAGUGGUAACAUGUAUUGGAGGUAAGUUCUUGAUAAUUUCCCUACUAAAAAUCAAUAUGGGUGCUUACUUAAAUUAAGAUGAACAUUUUUUUAACGCAAGAUUUAAUUCUCACCCUAUCCAUGGACAAAAAAAGAACUGUCAAUAAAAAGCUCUUAAGCCUACAACUCUUCUUCAAAUUGUAGGCUGAUGCUUUGCUGUUGCAAGUGGUAUGUUCUUAGUUUUUUUGGUACUUCAACGUCCACCAGAGUUCUUAUGUUCCAGU